CCGGAAGGAUGGCGAGGAAGUGGGAGCCGAGAGCAUUUCCUAGCGCCCAAGCCAUGGUGGCCAAACAGCGGAUCCGGAUGGCGAACGAGAAGCACAGCAAGAACAUCACCCAGAGGGGGAACGUAGCCAAAACCCUGAGGCCGCAAGAAGAGAAAUAUCCUGUGGGACCGUGGCUGCUGGCCCUCUUUGUUUUUGUUGUCUGUGGCUCAGAUCAGCAUGGACUGUUUUUCUUCGGAAUGUCUUGAAUCUUUGGAUAUUUUCAAGACUGCCUAGCAGUUCCUUCUGAAGACUCAACUCCCCUAGUUCUCUCAACCUCGUCCUCAUCAGAUGUGGUUUCUAGACCCUUCUUCUGAUUCCACGCCAUGACUCUCUUAAGGUAUAGCAUUUGCAACUGCAGAAGUUGGUCUAAAAGUGGUGCGACUGCCACAGAGGCAGUAGGGCUGUCACUGCCCUUGAUCUCAUCACCUGGCUUCUAUUAAUAUGCCCCAGGCUUGCAGUUUGUUUUUAACAGUCAUGGCACAUCUGAGACUCACAUCGGGCUAUUGGCCAGCCAGUCCCUACCAAGCUCUUCUUUACAUAAACUUCUUGCAAGCUUCAAAGAUGCCUCUACCCGCCCCUGCCCCUGCCCCUGCCAUCUACAGUUGUCCCUUAGCUGCAUCACACAUGGUUUUAUUUUACUCAUGGCCCUCAUCAACAUUUGAAAUGAUUUAAUAUGUUUACUAUUAUCCAUUUCCCUCUACUAGGAUAUGAGCUCAAGGAAGGCAGUGUUUAUCUUCCACUAAAUUUUUAGAUCCUAGCACAGUAUUUAGCACAUGGUGAGUGCUUAAUCUGGUUGGAUGGAUGGAUGGAUGGAUGGAUAAAGCCAGAUAUUUCCCAUGCUGUAGAUAUUAUGUUGACUUUUUUUAAACCUAAUAUAAAGCUUCAUGGACAUUUCUGUUAUUGAUUUCAUUGUUGGUUGUCGACUGUUUUUCUGCAGAGCAGCCAUAAAGUCUGGAAAACAUAGAACAUACAUGAUAAAUGGUUACCGAUAUUCCUUUAUAAUGUGCAGUAUGGUUAGUGACAUUACAUGGUAUAUUCAGUGUAUUGCCUUGCAUUAGUGAUGCAUAGUUCAGAGCAUUGUGAAAAAUUGCAAUGAUUGCAGCACAUUAAUGCAGCAUCUCCUGCAUAUUCAUCCAUGAUGCUUAGCCUCGGACAACCUGUCUCUGAUUUUCUUCCAAACACAAACCAAACCAAAAAAAAAAAAAAAAAAAAAAAAAUCCAUGCCUUUAUCAUGCCACAGAAAAAUCAAGAAAAAGCCAUCUAUAUAAAAAAAAGUUGUCAAUGUUUUCAGGCUUUAUGGCCAACCUGUAGAUUGUUAGAUCUUGAACCUUGAGCCUUUUAUCUAAUUAUCUUUCUCUUCUCCUUUAUGGUUUCUUGAAAUUUAUUAUUUUUCCAAGUCACUGAUUAAAGUCUAGACUUGGAGAAGCCCACAGGACACAAUUAGCAACAGCUCCCCUCAGGUCGACUUUGAACCUCUCAGCUAAACUCCUGCAAGCAGUCCUCAUGUCUUAAGGGUCCCGGGUGCACCCCGGCACUGUGUGGGCUUUGGAAAUACUAACUCCUCCGGGGGCAGCGGGCCCUGGGGAGGCAGAUAAGGAAGCUGACCGUUGUAACCCAGGGAAAGAGCGCUACGAUAGCAGAGCCACCAGAGUGCUUGGCAAGCACGGAUAAGGGGUGGUCUGAGUCUGUUUGGGCUGCUAUAACAAAACCCCACAGACUGGGUGGCUUCUAAACAGAAGAAAUUUACUCCUCCUUGUUCUGGCGGCUGGAUGUCAGAUGAGGGUGCAGGCAUGGUCAGGUGAGGGCCCCCUUCCCAAUCACAGACUUCUCCUUGGGUCCCCACCUGGCAGAAGGGGCUGGGGAGCUCUGUGGGGUCUCUUGCAUAAGAGCACUCAACCCAUUCAUGAGGCCUCCACCCUUAGGAUCUAAUCACCUCCCAAAGGAACUAUCUUCUACCACUAUCACACUGGGUGUUAGGAGUCCAACGUGUGCAUCUGGGAGAACACAGACUAUCACGGGGACUUCAAAACCAUGCUCAGCAGAAGAGAAAGUUUCCCAGAGGAGGUGCCAGUUGAGCUGAGUUUGAAGGACAAACAGCCAGACAAAGGGAAGGUUAUUCCACAUGAAGGGACACUGUGUGACAAAGACUCAGAGGCCUGAGAUAGUACCCCGGGCUCAAGCAUAGCCAAAGCCCAGUCACAGGAAUCUGUGAACCCAGUCAUCAUGCAGCCCAUGUUAUCAGGGACUAAACAGAUACAGAGCUGAUUUUUUUUUUCUUUUUUGGCUUCAAGAUACACAGUAAUGGGGCCCUCCUGGCUCUGUGCCCUGAGGUAGCAUCAGCGGGGGGGUGGGGGGAGCCAGUGAGUUACUUAGUCUGGUUUAUUCUUCUCAAACUAGCUCCCAGUAUCCAUCCCUUACAAAGAGAUGAAAAACCUCCUCUAAAUUACAUUUUAAUUAAAAUUUUGCCAGGCGUAUUGGUUCACAGAGUAGGAACUGUAUCUUCCCCCUACGCUCCCUUGGGUAAAUUGGGACAUUUGCUGACAGCAAUCUUUGGGAACCCUCCCAGUCUCCAUUCGUUUUUUCUGGGAUCAAGAACAUUGUCUCUGUUGGCCUCUCUGUAGAUUUGUCCAGGGGCCUGGCCUGGGAGCCUGCAGGGCCUGGGGAUUUGGACUUUAACUGACUAAAAGAACACACCACAUCCCCUGCCUUCGUGUCCAGCGUUGUUCUGAUGAUGCUUCUUUAAAUCUUUCUAGUUAAGACCACUUGGCUUCUGUGGAGAGGCUACACACCGAACGGGAGUUGGGUCAUCUUAACUGUCUCUACCCUCUGUUAACAUGCUCCAUGAUCCCCAAGCAAUGGGCCCCAUCCCUUUUUUAAUCAUAAAUAAAAAUAAUCCACUACUACCCCACCUUUUUGUUUUCUUUUUCUCUCUCUCUUUUUUUUUUUUUUUUUUUUGUCA